UCUCUCCCCUCUCCCUCUCUCGUUCUCUCUGUCGUUUGCUGUGAUCCGAAUGGAGGAGGAUACCUCGGCAUCGGCACGCAAAAGAAGAAGAAGAAGAAGAAGCAUCCAGAAGAACUCGAACUUGUCGAAGAAUGAAAUGGACGCGGCUCUUCUACUCGUUCAACUUGGAAAUCUGAAGGAAGAAGAAAGCGAAGGAGAGUCUUACGGUGACGUAUCUUCUUAUAAUUCUUAUGAAAUCGAGAAGAUCCUUCGGAGUCGCGAGAAAUUGUCCGGAGGAAGAAGAAGAGCAAAUUCCAGGAGCUCUUCUGUGGAUGUAAAUCAGAUACUGGAGCAUUUAUUCGGCGAGAACGGCCCAGAAAGAGAAAUGCGGUACCAGAGCAACACGACAAAGCCAGAAAUGAACGCAGCCCAACAGUUGCUUGAGCUUUCUGGGAACUCGGACAACUACAAGUGCCUAAAAGCGAAAGGAGGAGAAGAAAGCAACAGCGAUACAAGUCAUAUAACUGAUGCAUCUUCAUCUCCCAUGGAAACACAACUGGAAGAAGUAAACACGACUCAGCAGCAGAUGCUGCAGCUGCACCGCAACUCGGAUAAAGAAGAUGAACAAAGCGAAAGUGAGAGAAGUCAUCUGUCUUGCGCGUUGGGAGAAGAAGGGAAUUUUACAAGCGCUUACAGUUUCUGCCCAAGGAAGAAGAAGAAGCUCCGGCCUCUGGCUGACUUAUAUAGAAUAACAAAGCCCGAGAAUGUUACCGCUAGCCCUUAGAAAGUGAGGCCCAGGUGAAUACUGUUUUUGAAUUUUUGUUAACUGUAUAUUAUCUUCGUUUACUUUAAAUUGCAGAAGAGUUAAUUUAACAGGGUUGGGUUCCCUACAAACCUUUGGUUUGGUUUUGCUUUC